CACCCGAACAAACAGCACAACACUGCAAACGUCUUUACACUCAUAAAUAUUUAAGCAUGCCCAUAUGUCAACAGCUGCUGAGUACUGAAGCCCGCAGGACUGGUGGAGCACUAGAUCAACAGAAGGACAGCCUAUAUUAACUAUUAAUAUGAUAGAUAGGGGUCGUCUCUAAAAGAGGGGCGGUUCAAAUAUUAUAAUUUGGGAAAGUUCGUUCUGACGUGACGUGUACUUCCUUGAAGGGUGGUGCGGUACUUUCAGGAAACAAUUGUGAAAGUAAAUAGCAUAUCAUCAAGCUGGACAAUUUGCCGAAGCGCUGACAAAUAAAGAGGGGCUAGAGUCUCACGACCGCGGACAUGGAGACGAGUGCUUACGGUGCAUCGCUGGCCGGCGGAGCCUUUGACUUCUGGAGCUUUAUAAAGCGACCGCAGACUAUCACCAGGCUCUUCAGUUGGCUCUUCGCCAUUGUGGUGUUUGCUACCAUCAUUUCUGAAGGCUACAUAAAUGAAAAGCAUCAGGACGUCACUAAAUGCAUGUUCAAUCAGAAUGAUAGUGCUUGCAACUAUGGACUUGUUGUUGGAAUUUUUGCUUUCCUGGCCUGUGUUGUUUUAAUUGUGCUGGAUGCCUACUUCCCCCAGAUCAGCAAUGCCAAUGACCGAAAACGCAUUGUGCUGGGUGAUCUUUGUUUCUCUGGAGUUUGGACGUUCUUGUGGUUUGUGUGUUUCUGCGUCCUAGCCAAUCAGUGGUCUCACACUGAUCAAAAAGCCGUCCCAGCUGAUGCAGCUCAAGCUGUGGUGGCCUUUUCCUUCUUCUCCACUGCCACCUGGGCUGCGCUUACCGUGUUCGCAUUACAACGAUACCGCCAAGGGAUAGAUGAGAUUGGCCUAGGCUACAAUGAUCCAACCACUGACCACACUUCCCCGUACCCUUCAGCAUAUACUGGUGCUCCAGAGGGUUACCAGCAGUCCCCAUUUGCUGCCAGUCCUGCGGGACAGGGAGGGUAUCAGCCUCCCGCGUACUGAGGGCGAAGGCAUUUUAACGCUUCUGAGAGGCUCACCUGUGUGGACUGUUUCAUAUGCUCCACUAUUUCCUUUUCCAUAAGAGUUUAAAUUGUGACCUGGGAUUGGUGUGCUUUGCUAGUGUGUUUUUUCAUGUUUGAAAAAAAGUUAUUUAUUUUUAUUUUCUUUGGAUGCAAAUUCUAAACGUAACCCUAAGUGUAAAAGUUCCUUGCACAUCUGCAGAAUUAUCUCGCUAAUUUCUCCAAAUUAGAUUCUGAAAACCAGAUUUAACACCAGCUGCAGUUUUUACAUUUAUGAAACGGAUGGAAUUUACUUCAUUCCAUGUCUUCAAUGCACAAUCACAUAAUGUAGGAAAAUCUACAGAACUGACGUGCCUUAAAAGUAGAAUCGAAAACAAAAUUCCUCAUAUGCAGACAAUAGAAAGUGAACAGACUCUCUGUGCCAAAUACAUUACCACAAUUUAGUAAUUUCUCAAAAGCACUGCAUUGCCAUACAUCACAUUUUUGGAAAGUAUGCACUAAAUCUAUUGCCAAAUGGCUUUAUUAACUGCUAACUUCAGUCUUGUUGAGGCUAGAGUAGAUAACUGAUGAAGAGUUUGAUUGUGAGGUGGGAAAUGAUCUACUGUAAACGUGCUUUAAUUUAAUUUGUGACAGACAAUAGGCUUUGUGUGGAUAAUGACAAGCCUUAUUUUUGUAAACUUUAAGCACCUGAGUUUUGAAGUGUUAAACAAUCAUAUACAGUAAUAUUGAUGACGACUUCUAGCAGUUUACCUUUAAAAUGUGUUCUUUUGUGUCAGGCCAAAUUCACUGCAAGAUUUCUACCUCUUACUAUUGAAAUUGUGCCUUAUUUUGAAAUUAAUAUCUAGGAAUUGAAAUUAAUUUCUAUUAAUGUGUUUCUGCAUUGACUAUUUUAGACCACUUUUACUGUUUUCUUCAUUUCCCUAAAAUGAGAAAAAGAAAAACUAGAAUAUAUAUUAAUCUAAGUUGGCCGCUAAAUAGAAACUCUUUUCAAUAUGGUUGUGUUUUGUUGAAGGUUGGGAAAUUUCUUUUACACAGUUCUGUUAUAACACAUAAUCUUUGUGUCUUUCUGUUAAUUUACUUUGCAACAUUUUUUGUAACAGCAGGUAUUGCAACAUUCUUGUGUUAAGGAAAUGCUGCACAAUAAACACUUGAUUCUUCCCGAUGUUAAAAGAUAUCAAA